GUUGGCUGUGUUGUUUUCGCAGGUUUCAGCUGGCUCUUCUGCAGUCGGCACUCCCUUGUCUCUACAUCGGCGCACCGAGCAGGCGUGACAUUAACUUCUUUUGGUUUGUCACUUCACGUCGUUCUGCUUUAGAAACUUCGCGAGUUGUCUUCGGAUAAUUGCAAGAGGAAACCUCAGUAACUCUGUCGCGUGGACAUCCAUCCUCAGAGGUAUGAUGGCGAGCUGCUGUGGUCUGCUAACCUCUCAGAAGGAACCAGUUCCUCUGAAGAGCGUGGAGGUGAAGCUGGAGGUCAGGGACCAUGUGGCUACAGUGGUCUCCACUCUGAACUACCAGAACCAGGAGGACAAACCACUGGAGGCCACCUUUGUCUUCCCUCUGCCUGGAGAUGCUGCCGUCUGUCAUUUCAGCGCUAAGGUCGGACAGACGGAGAUUGUGGGGGAGGUGAAGGAGAAACAGGAGGCCCGUGAGGAGUAUGACGACGCUCUGAGUUCCGGUCAGCAGGCCUUCCUGUUGGAGGAGAGCGAGCAGAGUCCAGAUAUAUUCUCCCUGAGUGUGGGCAGUCUGCCUCCAGGAGAGAGCGCCUCCAUCAGGCUGGAGUACGUCACUGAGCUGGCUGUGCAGGCCGAUGAAGGGCUGAGGUUUCUCCUGCCCGCUGUGCUCAACCCUCGCUACCAACCUCAGGGGAGCGUUGGCAGUGAAGGGGUCAACGUCCAGGUGACCUCUGUUCCAGCCUCUCUGGUGCCCUACACUCUGUCCUUCUCUGCCCGAGUGUCCUCUCCUCGUCCCGUCUCUAAAGUAGAGUCCAGCUCUCCCCUGGACCCUCUGCAGUACCUCAACACAGAGCAAACCCAGGCCACGGUCAAGUUGGCUGCAGGACACAAGUUUGACAGAGAUGUUGAACUGCUGAUUUAUUACAAAGACGCCCACCAGCCCUCUGCUGUGGUGGAGGCAGGACGGGCCUCUUCACAGCCUGGCUCUCUGAUGGGUGAUCCAGUAGUGAUGCUGAGCCUUUACCCAGAGUUCCCCCAAGCUGUGAUGUCCUCAAUGGCUUCAUGUGGAGAGUUUGUCUUCUUAUUGGAUCGAUCUGGCAGUAUGGGAGGAGAACGUAUAAAGAAUGCCAGGGACACUCUGCUGCUCCUGUUGAAGAGCGUACCGCUCGGCUGCUAUUUCAACAUCUACAGUUUCGGGUCCACCUUUGAACACAUCUUCCCUAAGAGUGAAGAGUACAACCAGAAGACCAUGGAAGAGGCUCUGAAGAAAGUGGAAAAGAUGGAGGCUGAUCUUGGAGGAACUGAGAUCCUUGAGCCACUCAAACACAUUUACAGACAGCCCUCCAUUCCCAGUCAACCUCGACAAGUAUUUGUCUUUACUGACGGAGAGGUGGGGAACACAAAAGAAGUCAUUAAUCUGGUGAAGCAGAAUUCAGCUUCCCACAGGUGCUUCUCUUUUGGGAUUGGGGAAGGGGCCAGUUCUGCUCUCAUCAACGGGUUGGCCAAAGAAGGAGGAGGCCACGCUCAGUUCAUCACAGGGACCGACAGGAUGCAACCCAAAGUGAUGCAGUCAAUGCGGUUCGCUCUGCAACCGUCUGUGGUGGACGUCUCAGUCAAGUGGGACCUGCCGAGCGGAGUCUCUGUCACCGCUCUCUCUCCACCGAUCGCAGCACUUUUCCAGGGUCAAAGGUCACUGGUUUACGCCCAGUUCACUGGACAGAGUUCGGAGGCGUCAGAGGGCUGUGUGACGGUGGCGUACAGCCUGGCAGGUCACCCCUCUCAGACCCAGCUCCACUUCAGUCUCAAGCCUGCAAAGGACUCUGGGUAAAGCAGCACUGUUAUGCAUUGGGUCCUGUCCUUACAAAUGUUGCG